AUGGAAGCUACUAGGGAGUAUGGUCCCCCUGCUGCCACUGACGCUGGCCACACCCCUGCUGAUAUUGAUCUCAACCUUGAUGAGGCAAUGGGAGAUUUGGAGAUAAAUAUCAGUGAGGAGGAUGCUGCUGAAAAUCUACAUGAAGAUGCUGAAAACGGGGAUGACAAUGCUGAAAACGGGGAUGAUAAUGCUGAAAAACAGCAAGAUGCUGAAGCAGCAGCAGUAAGAAGGCUCUGA